AUGUCCUACAAGCCUGUGCUGUUGCUCCUAGUUCUCCUGCUGCUCUUCUGGGCAGCUGGGGGCAUGCAAGCAGCAAGCUGCCCAUUGAAGUUAAGGAAAGAUGAAUAUGAUCCAUGGAAUCUCUUCCAUCCAGGAGACCACCUCAUCAGUGGGGUCCUCCCCUCAGUGGAUGCAGCCAUUAAUCUGCUCUUCUUUGUAAAACCUCCAGUUAUCCGCAUCAGAGAAAUAAAAGGUGUAAUCUACUUCUAUGACCUUGCCUUCUUGCAUGCCAUCCAAGAGAUCAACCAGAAUCCAGAGCUCCUACCCAACAUCUCUCUGGGAUACAGCAUCUACAAUAACUUUUACAACAGCAGGAUCACCUACGACAUCAUGCUGGACAUGCUGUCUCCUGGGCAGAAGAACAUCCCAAACUACAGCUGUGGGAGCCAGAGAGACUUGCUGGCUCUUGUGGAAGGGGCUGACUCAGAAAUCUCCAGCCAUAUUUCAGCCCUGUUGGGCAUCUCCAAAAUCCCACAGCUGCACCCUUUCCUGAAAAACGUUUGGUUUUCCAAUGCUUCCUUGGAUGGACUGUACCAGGAUAGGGACGGGGAACUGACAGCCAGCUUUCAUAUAGUGUUCUACUGGCUGGAUCUUCCCAGCGCCUCACUUGUUAGAGUGAAAGUCGGGGGUCUGGAGAGGCAGGAAUCUGCACAGCAACUCUUCUACAUUGAUGAGAAUCCCAGUACAUGGUGCAACCAGACCCUCCCACAGUCGAGGUGUUCCAAGAGGUGCUCCCCUGGAUAUGUCAAGGUGAUUUUGGAAGGAAAGCCAGUUUGCUGCUAUAUUUGUGCUCGCUGUGCAGAUGGAACCAUCUCCACUCAGGAAGAUGCGGAACAUUGUACCAGAUGUCCAGAAGAUCAGCAUCCAAACAAGGAGCAAGAUCAAUGUGUCCUCAAAGUUACCAGCUUCCUCUCCUAUGGAGAAUAUCUGGGGAGGGUCACGGUUUCCUUAGCCCUGCUUCUUUCUGUUACAACAAGCUGUGUGUUAGGAAUCUUCAUUAGGUACCUGGAAACUCCCAUAGUCAAAGCCAACAACAGGGACCUCUCCUACAUUCUUCUCAUCUCCCUCCUGCUCUCCUUCUUGUCCUGCUUCUUCUUCAUUGGUCGACCACAGAAAGUCACCUGCCUUCUUCGUCAAGCAGCCUUCAGCAUCAUCUUCUCAGUGGCCGUCUCUUCCCUCCUGGCCAAAACCAUCACUGUGGUGCUGGCCUUCCUGGCCACCCAGCCUGGAAACAGGGUGAGGAGAUGGCUGGGGAAGAGCUUGACCAAUUCCAUUGUCAUCUCCUGUUCCAGUGUUCAAUUUCUCCUCUGCACCAUCUGGCUGGGCACCUUUCCCCCUUUCCCUGACUCUGACAUGCACUCCCAGCCAGGUCUUGUUGUCCUGCAAUGCAAUGAAGGCUCUGUGGCCAUGUUCUACACUGCCCUCGGCUACAUGGGCUUCCUGGCUGCCAUCUGCUUCAUGGUGGCCUUCCUGGCCAGGAAGCUUCCUGGGUCCUUCAAUGAAGCCAAGCUGAUCACCUUCAGCAUGCUGGUCUUCUGCAGUGUCUGGGUGUCCUUCAUGCCCACCUACCUGAGCACGAAGGGGAAGUACAUGGUGGCCGUGCAGGUCUUUUCCAUCCUGGCCUCCAGUGCAGGGCUGCUGUUCUGCAUCUUCCUCCCCAAGUGCUACAUUAUUGUAGUCAGGCCUGACCUGAAUACAAGGGAGCAUCUAACAGUCAAAGAGGAAAAUGGCAUGUGA